GCCCCCAACCGCAGCCUGCCGACCGAACUAUCACCAGCUGGGCACCAAAGCUUAGCUUCAACGACCGAGAUAUCCUUGAUGCUGAUUCGGUUGUCGCUGAAAAAGAUCACCAGUUGGCCUUUAGCCUGGCCAAGAGUGUGUGCCUCCCCAAGGAUAUGGAGCACCACCAGAAGCAGUUAAACACCGAACUAAAGUCCAUCCGGUCUGCCACAAAGUCCAUGAUCCUGGCAAUUCAAAAAAACUACAACACUCACAAGAAAGUGCUGGAACUCAGAAAAACUACAAGGCAAGCUGUGGCAGAAGCCGAAGUGAAGUCGGCCGAGGUAGAAGACAUCAAGAAGCAAAUGGCCGAGCUACAAGCUGAGAACAGCAGGCUGACCGGAUUGGUUAGUUCGGCCGAAGCAGAAAGGCAGAAGGCUGCCAUAGCUCUGAAGGACAAGUACUUGCGCGAGCUUGUGAAGCUCGAAAGAAAGAAAGAUGCCGAAAUAAAGGAGAGCGCAAAGGAAGCCGGCAAACAAGGCUUCAAGAAGGCAGAGGAUGCUUAUGCCAAGCAAUGCAAUGUUGCCAAGGAGCUAUUCUUCAAGUGUGGCUGGAGGGCGGCUGUUGAGAAGCUCGGUCAUGAUCAACAGACCGAAGUCUUCAACCCUCCAGCCUACUUCAUACCGAAUUCCCUUACGGAGUAUGCUAAUGCCCUGCAGCAGCAAUUUCUAGAAGACUCAGAUUCCGGCAACUCCUCUGCUUCUGAAGAUACUCCGGUUGUCAGUGCGGACCCAUCAGUUCGGUCGGAGCCCAUGGUAGAAGACCUGACUAUUGAACCGCCAGGUGAAACCGUGGUUCUAACCGAAACCAUCCUGGCAACCGAGAGCGAACUUCCUCUUGAAACCGGUCUUCGAGUUGAUGGUGAUGCAGCUUUUGAUGCCGAAAUUGAAGAACUUUUCUCUUGAUUAUGUAUUUUUUCCUUUCGUUAUUGUUUGUUCUUGUAACCGGGCUAUGCCCCUUCUUUGUAAUGGCUUUUCAAUGAAUGAAAAAUUUUGCUUGAACUCUUA